AUGGAAUAUAAAAUGGUAUUAUGUGUUCGUAAUGAUAUACCAAUGUCUAUUGGUAAAAAAUGUUCUCAAUGUGCUCAUGCAGCUAUUGGGUGUUUUCAAAAAGCAAUGGAAAUUUCACCAGAAUGUAUUAUUGAAUGGGAAAAUCAAGGAGCAAAGAAAGUAGUUGUUAAAAUAGAAGAUGUUAAAGAGUUUGAAGUAAUGAAGCAAACUUAUGAAGAGUUAGGUAUAUUAUAUUAUGAAGUAGUUGAUGCAGGAAGAACUGAAAUAAAUCCAGGAACAAUAACAGUGUUAGGUGUAGGUCCAGGACCUACAGUAUUAAUAGAUGUAGUUACAGGAGAUAAACAUUUAUUAUAA